AUUGUCUCCGGAGUGUGCCUGCUGAGUGGUACUCCGUCGUCGAAUCGCGCGCCGCCGCUGCCAUGUCGGCUCUGUUGCCGGCGGCCCGGCUGCUGCUGUCUCCGCGGUGCGCUGCGCCGCGGCUGCUGCGCCCCACCUCCUCUGCCGCCGCCACCGCCGUGCCGCAGACGGCCGUGCUGAUGCUGAACAUGGGCGGGCCGGCGCGGCGCGAAGACGUGCACGACUUCCUGCUGCGCCUCUUCUCGGACACGGACAUCAUCAACCUGCCGAUGCAGAACCGGCUGGGGCCGUGGAUCGCGCGCCGCCGCACGCCCGCCAUCCAGGAGAAGUACGCCGAGAUCGGUGGCGGCUCGCCCAUCCUGCGGUGGACCAACCUGCAGGGCGAGCUCAUGUGCCGCCGGCUGGACGAGCUCUCUCCGGACACGGCGCCGCACAAGCACUUCGUCGCCUUCCGCUACGUGCACCCGCUGACUGAGGACGCGCUGCCCGAGGUGGUGGCCAGCGGCGCGCGGCGCCUGGUGCUCUUCAGCCAGUACCCGCAGUAUAGCUGCGCUACCACGGGCAGCAGCAUCAACGCGCUGCACGCCUACUGCCGCGAGAACCCGCUGCCGGCCGAGCUGCGGCUGUCGGUCAUCGACCGCUGGCCCACGCACCCGGGCCUGGCGCGCAGCUUCGCCGCCAACAUCCACGCGGAGCUGGCCAAGCUGCCGGCCGACGCGCGUGAGAAGGUGGUGCUGCUGUUCUCGGCGCAUUCGCUACCGCUGCGGGCGGUGUCGCGCGGCGACCCGUACCCGGCCGAGGUGGGCGCCACCGUGCAGGCCGUCAUGGCCGAGCUGGGCCAUGCCUAUCCUUACCGGCUCGUCUGGCAGUCCAAGGUGGGCCCGCUGCCCUGGAUGGAGCCGGCCACCGACGCCGCCAUCGAGGCGAUGGCCAAGCGCGGCCACAAGCACCUCAUGCUCGUGCCCAUCUCGUUCGUGAACGAACACAUCGAGACGCUGCACGAGCUGGACAUCGAGUACGCCAAGGACCUGGGCGAGAAAACGGGCGCCAGUAUCUACCGCGUGCCGGCGCCCAACGACCACCCGGAGUUCAUCGAGGCGCUGGCCGACAUCGUCAAGACGCACCUGGAGUCGGGCGAGGGUGUGCGGCCGCAGCUGCUCAUGACGUGUCCUAUGUGCACCAACCCGGCCUGCUACCCGGCCAAGCGGUGGGUUGGCGAGACGGCCGGUCUCCGCUGAGGGCGUACGCGCUGCAGUGACCCUGCCCCGUACGCCCCCGGGGGGGGGGGGGGGGGGGGACGAGGCCGGCGUCUGUGGCGCCCGUCGGCUUGUGAGGGCUGGUGACGGAACUGGCGUGGUUGGCGUACUUCUGCGUUUUGGAGAGGACUUUGGGCCGGCGGCCGUGCUAUCUGGUGUGAAUUGGCGGCAUGUCGUCAUUCCGCGUGACUGAGCACGGAGUCGACCCUGGGCGUGUAAACUUCCUGUGUUGGUUCUCUCCGGUGACAUGGCUAUGCUCCGCUUUGGUUGCACUUCCAAGUAAACCGCGUAGAACGUUUAUGGUGCGUAUGUGCUCUGAGAACAAUACACACGGUGUUUCUAUG